UCAAUAUUUUAUAUUAUUAUACAAGUCUCUCUCCGUAACAGAAUAAACAUUGUAUAUAGAUGUAGAUAGAUACAGUCUAGAUUUCUAUAAUUUCCGGUUCCCCUUCUUUAAUUCUUUCACAUGGUUGCAUUUGGAAAUCGAACGGAAUGGAAUAUGAUGGUGCAGAAUGAAGUGAACAUCUGAAAACAAAAUAGAACCGUGCUUUCUACCUCCAACUCUCGCUUCUGGUUCCAAGCAGUGGAUCGCCAUUAUAGCUAUUAGAAGUGCCAGGGAAUGAGUAAGCUGCUGUUUCUUGAUCUUCUUCCAUUUGUAGAAGCAUCAGAGUGCUGUUUAUCAUUUCAAUAAUUUAGGUCAGAUAUUUAAUAUUAAAAGACCCAAGGAUGACUGCAGGGAGAAACAUGACAACUCAACAGCUGCCAAAAAAAAGAGUGGCAUUUGUGUUGAUUGAUGGGUUGGGUGAUGUGUCACUGCCAAUAUUCGGAUGCAGGACUCCUCUUCAGGCUGCAAAAGUCCCCUGCUUGGAUGCCAUAGCAUCUGCUGGAGUUAACGGACUUAUGGACCCUGUUGAAGUAGGCUUAGCUUGCGGAGGAAGCGAUACAGCUCACCUCUCCUUGUUGGGUUAUGAUCCUAGAGUUUAUUAUCGUGGUCGAGGUGCAUUUGAAUCCAUGGGAGCUGGACUGGCAAUGUCACCUGGUGAUAUUGCUUUUAAGUCAAAUUUUGCAACUCUGGAUGAGAAAACUGGAAUAGUCACCAGUAGGAGGGCUGACAGGCACUUUGAAGAAGAAGGCCCAAUACUGUGUUCAGCCCUAGAUGGAAUGAAGCUUCCUUCUUUCCCCCAAUAUGAAGUCAGAGUCAGGUAUGCAACAGAGCAUAGAUGUGGCGUGGUUGUCAAAGGACCAAAUUUGAGUGGAAACAUAUCAGGAACUGAUCCAUUGAAGGACAACCGCUCUUUGAAAGCAAAAGCUUUAGAUGAUUCUCAAGAA